GUUGUAUCGCUUGUUGAACAACAACCAAGGUCCCAGGUAAGCACCAUUGCACCAUUUCUCAACCAGCUCUACACUCUCUCUUCUCUCACAUCCACCAUCUAUCCCACCACACACCAUGAAAGCCAUCCAAGUCAAAGAAUACGUCCAAGGCCCCCUCGACCUCCGCGUCUCAGAGAUUCCCGAUCCCACUCCCUCGCCCGAACAAUACGUGAUAGCCGUCAAAGCUUGCGCAACAAACUUCUUCGACCUCCUCCAAAUUCGCGGGAGAUACCAACAUCAGCCUCCUCUCCCCUGGGUCUCUGGCGCAGAAUUCUCCGGUGUGAUUCUCAAGACACCAACCUCAUCUGCCAAACGGCCUCCCAAAUUCAAUGUCGGAGACCGUGUGUUCGGCUCCGGACAAGGAGGCUACGCGUACAAAGUCUGCGCAUUAGAAUCUCAAUUGCAGCCGAUUCCCCAAGGAUGGAGUUUCUAUGAUGCUGCGGGGUUGUUUGUCACAAUGCCAACAUCGUAUGCUGCUCUCGUCACUCGCGCAAAUAUCAAGAAAGGAGAUUGGGUCCUUGUACACGCUGCUGCGGGAGGAGUAGGUCUCGCUGCCGUGCAAAUCGCCAAAGCAUUUGGCGCAACAGUCGUCGCUACUGCUGGAACAGACGAGAAACUUGAAGUCGCGAAACGUUUCGGAGCAGACUACGGCGUCAACUAUCGGGACGAGUCAUGGCCGCAAAAGGUUCUAGAACUCACGCCGAAGAAACGAGGUGUGGACAUUGUUUACGAUCCUGUGGGUUUGAUCGAUAAGUCUCAAAAGUGCAUUUCAUGGAAUGGUCGUUUGCUUGUUAUUGGCUUUGCUGGAGGACCCAUUGAGAAGAUGGCUACGAAUCGCAUUCUGUUGAAGAACAUCUCCGUCGUGGGUCUGCAUUGGGGUGCGUAUGCUAAGAAUGAGCCCGAGAAGAUCCCAGAGGUCUGGAACGGGUUGCAAGAGUUGUUUGUGUCGAAGAAGGUGCGUGCUACGAAUUACACGGACAAGGAGUACAAGGGCUUGGAGUCAGUACCAGCGGCGUUGCAGGCAUUGGGAGGGAGAGAAACGUGGGGCAAGGUCGUGGUAGAUCUGCCAGAGACGAAGGAGAGUAAGCUUUAGAUCGACAUCGACGGUAGCUUUUCAAUCUAUCCUCGAGGUGUAGACCAUUGGCUUUACGAUAAACAUG